AUGCACCAAAUGCUUUUCGCCGUCGUCGCCGCCGCCGUCUUUGCGGCCGUUUUCGUUCGUGAUGUCGCAGCGAAGGGCGAUCCCGAGCUGCACAUGACUACGGUAGGUUACUGUAGGAUGUAUGCGAUGCGCGGUGGCCUGAGCAAGAUCUAGCAUCCGAAAACUGAAAUCUAGGUGGCCUAGGAUCCGAAAAAGUUGCUCGCUACCCUAACUGCUCAUUUUCAGCCGCAAAUCAUCGAACGUUGGGGAUAUCCGGCCAUGAUCUACACGGUGACCACCGACGACGGGUACAUUCUCGAAAUGCACCGUAUUCCGUACGGAAAAAGUUGGUUCUUCUAACAUGUCUUGUUGUUGCUAUUGUAGUUUUCCGUUUUUCCAGCAAACGUGACGUGGCCGAACGGUAAGAGACCGGUGAUUUUUAUGCAACACGGAUUGCUGUGCGCCUCCAGUGAUUGGGUCGUCAACUUGCCCGAUCAGAGUGCAGGUACGUGGCCCAAAUUGAUACCGUUUAUUUAAAGCUGUGUAUCUCAGCUGCAGGAAGAGAUAUCAAAAAGUGGUCAACUAGCAAAAUGUGCGCAAUAUGUUAAGAAACAUUUUAUUAGUUGACGACUUUUCGCUGUCUCAACUGUCAGCUGAGAUGUACCGUUUUGAAUGUACCGUAUCAGGAUUUCUGUUCGCCGACGCCGGUUUCGACGUGUGGCUCGGCAACAUGCGCGGCAACACGUACAGCAUGAAGCACAAGGAUCUGAAGCCGUCGCACUCGGCUUUCUGGGACUGGAGCUGGGACGAAAUGGCCACGUACGACCUGAACGCGCAGAUCAACCACGUGCUCGAGGUGACCGGACAGGAGAGCGUCUACUACAUGGGACACUCGCAGGGCACCCUGACCAUGUUCAGUCACUUAUCGAAAGACGAUGGAAGUUUCGCGAAGAAGAUCAAAAAGUUUUUCGCGUUGGCGCCAGUCGGAUCCGUCAAAAAUAUCAAGGGAUUUUUGAGCUUUUUCGCGCACUACUUCUCGGUGGAGUUUGAUGUGAGUACGGUAGCGUUCUAUUCAAUUUCUUAGGAACACUUCAUAUACUAGUACUUGAAUUUAACAGUUCAUAUUUUUAAAGUAUUCUAGCGCUUGGAUGGCGAAGUUAACAAUAGCCGAUUUUUCUAACACUUGCAGCCAGACACUUCGCAACCAUUCCAUAACUAUUUGAGAACUGCGUUGUCCUAACGCCCCCAUAUGUUUCAGUUGCGAAACGUCCAAUAAAACUAAACUUUGCAGGGCUGGUUCGACGUGUUCGGCGCCGGCGAAUUCCUGCCGAACAACUGGGCGAUGAAAUUGGCGGCCAAGGACAUCUGCGGCGGGCUUCAAAUCGAGUCGGACCUCUGUGACAACGUGCUCUUCCUCAUCGCCGGUCCCGAAAGUGAUCAGUGGAAUUCGACUCGAGUGCCAGUGUACGCGACGCAUGAUCCGGCGGGCACCUCCACCCAGAACAUUGUCCACUGGAUGCAAAUGGUCCGUCACGGCGGUGUUCCCGCCUACGACUGGGGCACCAAGGAGAACAAGAAGAAGUACGGACAGGUGGGCGAUUUGAUGACACGGAAUGUUGUGAAGGAACGAGUUUUGCAGGCGAAUCCACCCGAAUACGAUUUCACCGCUAUCAAGGGCACUCAAAUUUAUCUGUACUGGAGCGACGCCGAUUGGUUGGCCGAUAAGAUUGACGUCACCGACUACCUGUUGACCCGAUUGAACCCCGCUGUCAUUGCGGUCAGUUGAUGACAGUAGCCGACGCAGAAUUUUGCGUUUUUUUUCUAAAUUAAAUCUGAGAGUUUUUUUUCCAUCCUGAAAACCGCGUCAAUUUUUGCAGCAAAACAAUCACCUGCCGGACUACAAUCAUCUGGAUUUCACGUGGGGACUGCGUGCUCCACAAGACAUCUAUCAUCCAGUCAUCGAUAUUUGUACAAAGGAUUACACUGGAAAUUGA